AAGACGAAGUAUUAUUGUGUCGUAAAAGUGCAAUAUGCAAGAGAUGGUUGGACCCGGUCGGGCAGCUCAAGCAAUUAUGUAUUCAAAGAGCGUUGUGAGAGUGAGGCCGCCGGCAACUGCGUUGUAUAGGAAUUUCACAAACUUGGUUGCGAUAUCAAUGAAAUCCUCCUCAGAAACAUGGAUGUCUUCGACAUUGGUAACGGACGCUUCAGCCUUAGAAGUCAGCAUCCGAAUCAGGGGCAGCACAUUCUGUGGCUCCCCCUGCCUAAAGUCGCGGAUCGCGAUCACGCGCCCCUCGCUGACAUUGACUCCGGUCAGCUGGUGGAUGGUGUUAACGAAGCCCCUUAUGCAGGCGGGGUUCUCAUAUUAGACAAGUUCCGCGGUUUGGUUUUGUUGACGAUGAGCAACAUCUCAAACUGGGGUGUCAGCGCAUCGUGGACCUUCUUGAUCAAGAGCCCAGACUCGACAGGCCCAAGCAGCACUGAGCGCCUCAACUCUAAUCUAUGGUUCGACCUACAUUUCGUUCAUCAUCGGCAACCCGGGACCGGAAAGAGCUUUAUUGCCGACCAUCUCGGAGCGAACUUCAUGUCCGAGUUCUCAAAUAAUGGCGAUGGAAUCACGACAAACUUUCAGCAAGAGCUGGUUGAAAUCAACGGGCAGCACGUGUUGAGUUUCGGCGAGAACACUCCACUCAAGAUCGGGGUCGCCGUACAAGACCGCAAUGGACGUAUCCAACAUGUCGACCUGCUCUUGAUCAAGAAGGUCCACGAAGCGCUGACGCCCUAGUUUGAGAUGUUGCUCAUCAUCAACUAGUUCAAAUAGCGGAACGUGGAGGUGUAUGCAGAUCUCCGUGUCAUAAACAACGUGAUUGAUA